CUGAAAGAUGAAGAUCCAAAUGUUCCGACUUGGUGGGGCUGUCAGUUCAAUAAGUUCACCAAGCGUGGCUACAUGGCCGGAGGCCCAGGCUACAUCUUGAGCAAAGCUGCCUUGGAAAAGUUCGUUCUCAAAGGCUUGUCAAAUCCAAACAUUUGUCGACAGGACAGUGGAGGCUUUGAGGACGCUGAAAUGGGAAUUUGUCUAGACAAACUGAAUGUCGUGUACGGUGAUUCGAGGGAUCCAGGAAAGCGAUGGAAGUUUUUCCCGUACGCUCCAGAUAUCCAGCUGGACCCAGAAGGUUUCAAAGCAGAAGAUAAGGCUUGGUUCUCAGACUAUAUCACUCACCCUUAUGUAUAUGUGAGUUUCGAAGUCUGCAUUGUA